GCCCCCUGGACAUCCUGGCGGAGGUGGUCCCUUCUGAUGGCGCCACAAGCGGGAUCAGGAUAGUUCAGGUUCACGGUGCCCGGGGACUCCAGCUCUCGGCAGCCGCCCCCCACGUCAUGAGCUUCCCUGCAUCCAGGAUUUUCUCCCAGUGUGACCUCUUCCCUGAAGAAUUUUCCAUCGUUGUAACCUUGAGAGUUCCCAGUCUUCCACCCAAGAGGAACGAGUACCUGCUGACGGUGGUGGCGGAGGAGAGCGACCUGCUGCUGCUCGGCCUGCGGUUCUCGCCUGCCCAGCUGCACUUCCUGUUCCUUCGCAAGGACAGGGCCGGCGCCUGGCAGACCCGAGUGUCCUUCCGCAGCCCGGCCCUGGUGGACAGUCGCUGGCACACGCUGGUCCUGGCUGUGUCUGCAGGCGUCUUCUCCCUCACCACGGACUGCGGCCUCCCAGUAGACAUAAUGGCCGAUGUGCCCUUCCCGGCCACCCUGUCAGUGAGAGGAGCUCGAUUCUUCGUCGGCAGCCGGAGGAGAGCCAAAGGCCUGUUCACGGGCCUGGUGAGGCAGCUGGUCCUGCUGCCCGGCUCAGACGCCACCCCAAGGCUGUGUCCCAGCAGGAAUGCCCCACUGGCGGUGCUGUCCAUCCCACGGGUCCUGCAGGCUCUCACGGGGAAGCCAGAAGAUAACGAGGUGCUAAAAUAUCCCUACGAAACCAACAUUCGAGUGACGCUGGGACCCCGGCCACCAUGCACCGAGGUGGAAGACGCCCAGUUCUGGUUUGAUGCUAGCCGGAAGGGGCUGUACCUGUGUGUUGGCAACGAGUGGGUCUCCGUGUUAGCAGCCAAAGAAAGACUGGACUACGUGGAGGAGCAUCAGAACUUGUUCACCAACUCAGAGACCCUGGGCAUCGAGGUGUUCCGCAUCCCUCAGGUGGGGCUUUUUGUGGCCACAGCCAAUCGCAAAGCCACAUCCGCGGUCUACAAGUGGACGGAAGGGAAGUUCGUCUCCUAUCAGAACAUCCCCACGCACCAAGCACAGGCCUGGAGACAUUUCACCAUCGGGAAAAAGAUCUUCCUGGCAGUGGCUAAUUUUGAACCAGAUGAAAAGGGUCAGGAGUUCUCUGUCAUUUACAAAUGGAGCCACAGAAAGCUGAAGUUUACCCCAUAUCAGAGCAUUGCCACACACAGCGCCCGAGACUGGGAGGCCUUCGAGGUGGAUGGGGAGCACUUCCUGGCGGUGGCCAACCACCGGGAAGGCGACAACCACAACAUCGACAGCGUCAUCUACAAGUGGAACCCGGCAACCCGGCUCUUUGAGGCCAACCAGACCAUUGCCACCUCUGGCGCCUACGACUGGGAGUUCUUCAGUGUGGGGCCCUACUCGUUCCUGGUGGUGGCCAACACCUUCAACGGCACCUCCACAAAGGUGCACUCGCACCUCUACAUCCGGCUCCUGGGCUCCUUCCAGCUCUUCCAGUCCUUCCCGACAUUCGGUGCUGCGGACUGGGAGGUCUUUCACAUCGGGGAGAGGAUCUUCCUCGCUGUGGCGAACAGUCACAGCUACGAUGUGGAGAUGCAAGUCCAGAAUGAUUCCUACGUCAUCAACUCAGUCAUCUACGAGCUGAACGUGACUGCGCAGGCCUUUGUCAAGUUCCAGGACAUCCUCACCUGCAGCGCUCUGGACUGGGAGUUUUUCUCAGUGGGAGAAGAUUACUUCCUGGUCGUUGCUAACUCCUUUGAUGGGCGCACCUUCUCGGUGAACAGUAUUAUUUACAGGUGGCAGGGCUACGAGGGCUUCGUGGCAGUGCACAGCCUCCCCACCGUCGGCUGCAGGGACUGGGAGGCCUUCAGCACCACGGCCGGCGCCUACCUCAUCUACUCCAGCGCCAAGGAGCCCCUCUCCAGGGUCCUGCGGCUGAGGACGCGCUGAGGCCGCGGCUGUUCAGGAGCAACUGGGGUGGCCAGGCGGGGCGGGACCCCAGCACCUCCCCCCAAGUGGCCCUGGACGUCCAGGUGGGCCGAGCCUAGGGCAGCCCAGGCCUGGGCAUCAGGCAGGGUGCAGGUGGAGCCAUCUGCAGCCCUAGUUGGGGCAGGGACAUCCAUCCACCUCUGGGUCCUUCUAAGCCACAGCCCCAGGGACGGUCUGGGUCUUACAGGUGGAGGCCCAGAGCCCCUGCCAGCACUCGCUCAUCUGAGUGUCAAGCAGGGAUUUCGCUGUCAAGGAACCAUUUCUAUAAAUUUUUACCUCAAACAACAGGACCUCGGCUUGUGUCCCCGCUCCUGCAGUGUGCACCCAGCCGCCUGAGCAGGCGUGGUGCCGUCCCACCAUCGCCGCCACCUAUUUAUUGUGUUUUAUCUGAACAGAACUGUAUUUAUAUUGCUCUUUACAAAAGCACGGGUGCUCCUCUCUCGGCAGUGGGUGGGCACAGCCCCUCACCACGGACACCUCCCCGUACAGGGGACACUUCCCCAUACAGGGAGAGGCGUCCCUCCCAGCCUCAGUUUACCCAUAAAUGCACUGGGGCGAGGUCAGAAAUCACAAGCCUGGGCAUGGCCUGGGUCACACCCCCUCCCCACGGCCCCACCCACAGGGACCUCAGCUUCUGGACCUGGGAUUUUUUCCCUAUUCAGCAGCAUUUUAACCACAUGUCGUCCAGCUGACUGGGACUCAGGCUGCGUGCCUCCAUCUGCCUGUGUGCUGGCUGUCCUAGCGCCCUGGGACAUCCUCUGCUGGCCCUCCUGUGGUCAUCUCGUCUCUGCAGCCAGGAGAGCUGCUUGUCCAUCUGUCACAGGCAGCAAGGAUGAGAGGGGUUGAUGGGCGCAAGGCCCCGGGGCUCCUCCCUCUUAACCUAUGUGGAUGCCAGAGAAACCCCUCCCCCAUGAGAAGAGGCUCAGAUAGCAGCCUCCAGGGCCAUGCAGCCCAGACCAGACCUGCCAGGGUCUUUCAGGAACUGUACUCCUGCUUCUGCGACACCAAUCAGAACAGCAGCGAUCCUGAGAGGGUUUACAAUUUGCUUUUUCCGCCAAUCAGAACUGUGGACAAAACUUCCUGUUUUCUACACCGCAGCUGUCUGUUCACCUUCAGCUCAGAGAGAACUCCUGACCUUUCAUAAUGAAAUGGAAGCCUCCCCUUGUGUGGCAAAUAAUAAACUCAGUGUCUACUUUACCCGGCUUUGGGAUCUUCGUGUUUUCCCUGGGCUCGCUGUUUUCCAGCCAUCACUGUGGCCAGUGGAGAGCCACUCCCCUCUGGGGCAGUCUCCGAGAGCCUCCUUCCCCUCUGUCCGGCCAGCAAGACUUUCCCAAGCAUCCUGAGAGCCUCCUUCCCCUCCGUCUGGCCAGCAAGGCUUUCCCAAGCAUCGUGAGAGCCUCUUUCCUCUCUGUCCGACCAGCAAGACUUUCCCAAGCAUCCUGAGAGCCUCUUUCCCCUCUGUCCAGCCAGCAAGACUUUCCCAAGCAUCCUGAGAGCCUCCUUCCCCUCCGUCUGGCCAGCAAGGCUUUCCCAAGCAUCGUGAGAGCCUCUUUCCCCUCUGUCCAGCCAGCAAGACUUUCCCAAGCGUCCUGAGAGCCUCUUUCCCCUCUGUCCAGCCAGCAAGGCUUUCCCAAGCAUCGUGAGAGCCUCUUUCCCCUCUGUCCGACCAGCAAGACUUUCCCAAGCGUCCUGAGAGCCUCCUUCCCCUCUGUCUGGCCAGCAAGACUUUCCCAAGCGUCCUGAGAGCCUCUUUCCUCUCUGUCCAGCCAGCAAGACUUUCCCAAGCAUCCUGAGAGCCUCCUUCCCCUCUGUCCAGCCAGCAAGACUUUCCCAAGCGUCCUGAGAGCCUCCUUCCCCUCUGUCUGGCCAGCAAGACUUUCCCAAGCGUCCUGAGAGCCUCCUUCCCCUCUGUCCAGCCAGCAAGACUUUCCCAAGCAUCCUGAGAGCCUCUUUCCUCUCUGUCCGACCAGCAAGACUUUCCCAAGCAUCCUGAGAGCCUCUUUCCCCUCUGUCCAGCCAGCAAGACUUUCCCAAGCGUCCUGAGAGCCUCCUUCCCCUCUGUCCAGCCAGCAAGACUUUCCCAAGCGUCCUGAGAGCCUCCUUCCCCUCUGUCCAGCCAGCAAGACUUUCCCAAGCGUCCUGAGAGCCUCUUUCCCCUCUGUCCAGCCAGCAAGACUUUCCCAAGCAUCCUGAGAGCCUCCUUCCCCUCUGUCCAGCCAGCAAGGCUUUCCCAAGCGUCCUGAGAGCCUCUUUCCUCUCUGUCCGACCAGCAAGACUUUCCCAAGCGUCCUGAGAGCCUCCUUCCCCUCUGUCCAGCCAGCAAGGCUUUCCCAAGCAUCCUGGGCAGGGGGUCGGACCCUGCUUUCCACCAAGUCAUUCAGGGGCUCCUGAUCACACACGAUUGGCCUCACUGGGUCAGCACUUGUGAAAGGAAGAUAAAAACUUGAGACCACAAUUCACUCAACCAAGAAGAAAAAGUCAAGCUGCAAGCUGAGUCCUGCAAGAAGCUGCCUUUCCCUUUGCCCCUAAGCAGACAGCGACAGACGAGAGGGUCAGCAUCUCCACCAGUGACUGCUCUGUGUGCACCUUACCUCAUGGAAAGUACCGAUUUACUGAGCACGAGAUAAACAGGUAACUGACCGUUCCCACCUGCUCCUUUUCUCCUGCAGCGUGGGGCAAUCAGUCAUGUGACCACACCCUCCUCCCUCUGCCCCCUCCAGCCAGCUUUUGCCCUUGACUGAAGGCCUCAACAUCAUCUUGGGAGAGAGGCACAGACCUGUCUCCUGGGUGCGUCCUUAGCCUUGGCAAAUAAACUUCUCCGUUGACUGAG